GCCACCACCACCACCAUCGCCGCCGUCUCUCACUCACGUGCACGUACCAGUAGCAGCGAAGUGCUCAUGACAUGGUCAAGCUAUGAAUGAUGCGCCCUCGUCCUCCGCGGCAGCAGGUCCCUCUCUCCCCUUCGAUGAGCAGCAAGCACAAGAUGAUGAUAGUCUCGAAGAGAGGCCACCGCUCACGCCAAAACAGCUGGCAACGCAGCGGAGGAAGAACCGCGAGAAUUUCCAGCGGAAGCGCGCCGAACUCCUCGAUGACUUGCUCCGCAACCUGGACAUCCUCAUUUAUGCCGAGCUGAGCACAAUCUACUACAUGGACUGCCGCUUCCUCCUGUUCUUCCUCAGAUCGGCAGUCCACUUCUACUUCCUGACCCCCAAACCAGCCAUCUUCCCUCCUUUGCCAGAUGACCGUCCAUUUGUCGGCUACAUCGUCGGCAUGAACCUGCUAUGUAUUCUCUUGCACGUUCUCUUCGCUGCCCCAUCGGCAGGAGAAGCUACGAGAGGUUAUCUGCACGGAGGUCUGGCUAUGGACUUCAUCGGCCAAAAAGGACCUUCCAGCAAAAUUCAUCUGCUGUUGUUGGACUUUCUCGUGCUUGCCCUUCAGCUUCUUCACUUGUCGGCUCAUCUGUUGCGCCAAAAAUUGAGACUGAGCCUUCUUGUAGACGACACUGUGGCCGCUGUUGCCUCGGACAUAGCGACUCCGUCGUCUACUGCACAGACAGUGGAGGAUGAGGAACGAGGUGUUCGACGAUCAGCAGAGGAAGCGCGUGGGGAUGAGAUUGAGAUGCAGACGUUGAAUAGCGCAGGAGUGGAAGUCGCAUCUGCAGUUCACGACGAAGAUGAACAGACCCGGUUAGAAGCUUUUCGCCAACCCGCACGGACGGAAGCGCACAUAUUUGAUGCUUUCAAUUCGGGACAAAUGGUUAUUGCGGAUCUGAGCCCUGUUCAGACUGUCAAGGAGCAGAUUAUAAUGAUCCGCGUGAGCAAAACGGAUCCUGAAGUCAGCAGUGCCAACGAGCGAGCUAUGCGACAUCGACAGAUGAGGCAGAGGCUGACCCAAAGACUGUGGCAGCGGUUGCAGAUGUAAACCGUAUGCGGGUUGGUGGAGAGCAUUUUACAGGCGGCUGGAAAGUGUAAGAGUGAUCAACCGGAUAUUCUGAGCCGGAAGCCAGACCUCGGAUCCAGAGCGACUUCUCGGGCAUUCUCGAUGGGGAACGCAACUUCUCUAAACAAUGGCCAAGCGCAGUCAGGAUGCCCACAAAGCAGCGAUUCGGCCUCCCACUGACGUGGUGGUUGCACAAGGGUAUUACGGUCGACGUAUCGUAGAGUUCAAAGCUGCACUGUCUAGUUCCAGUCUCGACACAAUAUGUCCAUCCGUCGUUUCUGGGAGCAUUCGAAUGAAUGAAUUAGCGCUGCGAGAUUGUUCCUUGUCACGAAGGGUCACAGCUGCCCAGGAACCGAAUAUCUCCACAGCAAGUCAUGACCGGUCCCUGUCGUACCUUUGCCAUCACCUCGCUCAUACAACUCCCGAGUCCGCUAUUGCGAAUGUAAGCGGGAGAGCCAGAUAAGAGCUUCGCCGCACAAUAGCCACAAGUUUCUGAGCACUCCUGCUAGCUAGUUAGAGCUUGGAAGAUCGACUAUGGUGCAUCAGCCACACGGUACUUGUGGUGAGCUUCCAUUUCGUCAUCUCCACUGUUCUACCUACACGACCAUGACCGAAAAAGCCGAAACGAUUCACGCCGACCGAGCUCAAUUUGAAGCAAAUGAUGCCGCCGCUGCUAGACCACGAUUUUGAGUCCCAUCAGCACAUUCGUCUGACCUGGAACGUGACUCCAUCUCCUGCUCGGUCACCAUGGCGCAUGCCUUUGUAUUUGUCGCCGCAGGUUCAAUAAUCGCAUGCGUGGUAAGAUAUCUCGGCCCAGCAUCCAUCAGCGGCUGGACCAUUCAAGGACCACUUCCCAUACAUAGAUAGGUAGGUAUGCGACAAUAGCAAGAGUUUGAUAGGUCGGGUAUAAG